CCAAACUCUGAAGAUAUAAAGAUGGGCUGAGCGGCUCUGCAUUUCACUCCCCUCAGCUUUCCCUCUGCCCUCCGUCUGGUGUUGGACUCCCAAAGCCUUAUCAUGAGCAGGAACUACUUGUCCAAAAAUGAUGAGCUCCGCAAGGGAGACUUCCUGAUAUCCAACAACCGGGAGUGGAAAGCCCUCUUUCAGGAGGAUGGUAACCUUGUCAUCUACGGCUGGAAGCCCAUGUGGUAUUCAGACACAGCGGGAUCGGAUGCUAUGCGCCUGUGCAUGCAGGCAGACUGCAACCUGGUCAUGUACAACAAGGACGACCAGCCGAGGUGGCACACAAACUCCAGCAAGAAGCAGUGCAACAUGUGCCGUCUCCACCUGACUGAUGAUGGCACUCUGGUGGUGCAGAGGGAAGGCGAAGACAUUUGGACCUCUGCUUCCUCCAAAGGCAUGAAGUAAUGACAUGCAAACAAAAAGUUUUUGUACCACAGUGAUCUGCACUUGAAUUUCACAUUUAGGUGUCAGGUCAUGUAACCAGUGAUUCUGAUUUGUAAACUUGAACUCAAUAAAAACAUUUUUUAGAACUGGA